AUGAAGGGCGACCAAGAGUGUGUCGUUUGUGGUGAGAAUAGUGCAAAAUACAAGUGUCCAGUUUGCCGUGCGCCGUACUGCUCCGUUGCCUGCUGCCGCUCGCACAAAGAAAUACCUUGCUCGAAGCCUGAAGCCGAACGUGAAAGUGCGGGAGAGGAGGGCGCCGGAGCCUGCCCGGUUGCAGCGAAGCCCAAGGAACCGUCUAAGCGACCGAGGGCGAAGUUGCCCUCCGAAGAGGACACCGAAGACGAGGACGGAGCCAGACUUAGGCGCGAGCACAUCAUCUCCAUCGCAUCGAGCGACUCGAUUCGCAAGGCUCUCUGUGAUCCUCAUCUCGUAGAGACACUUGCUCACAUUGACGCAUCUUCUCAAGCGGAACAGGCCCUCGACGCAGCCUGCGAAGACCCAGGAUUCCAGAAGACGGCGGAGUUGAAGGACAGAGCCAAGAAGAAAGUAAGCGAUGCAACUGAGCAGAGUAGGAGGUUUCGGGAAAGCAUGGAGUCAAUCACAGGUGUUGACAAAGCUCGGGAGCGCUUUGCUCAAGCACGGAAUCCUAUUGGCAGCAGCGGUUCUGCUGCUGGACUCGGCGCAUUUUCCGGAGCUGCCACGACCCCAUCAUCGCUAAGCGACGCGUUUUCGAAUAUCGGCGCGAAUCCUUAUGAAACCAACGGUGUAGAUAGAGGACAAUCGAAAGCUGAGGCAAGCACUGCAGCCCGUGUCUCGACGAGGAAUGGAGGCGCGCGAGAUGUGCAUUCCGAGGUCGCCCAGGGUUCUUCCUCCGCUCCUGCUGAUGAAAUCAUUUCGACACUUGCACCCGGGUUCUAUCUUCCAGAGAGUGAUUUUGAUCCUCUGAGGCAUGUAUUACAGUCGAUUGUGGAAACAAGUGGGGAAUUCACAACAGACACGCUUCACAAGGAAGAGGACCAAUUGUCCACAGUCGUCGAGGCUGUGUCAACCCUUCUCUCAAAACAAGUUCUCGAUCAUUACGGCGAGUUCGUGCAAGGAAUGAGUAACAUCACUGAAUUGACCAAUAACCUCGAGCAGAGUUUCGUAAUCGUGAAGAAUGGACGCAGAAACCUUUCUUCUGCCUCCGAUAACGUUGCCGAUGCCCUUCGAAUCGCGGAGUCUCAGACGCGGAAAAAAUCGCUGUUGUCAACCCUGAACAUGCUCGUGCGUGUCCAGGAAUGCCAAGGAUUGGAGGCAAAGAUCAAGGACAGUCUUGCGUCAUCCUCGUUCACCAAGGCUGUCAAUGAAUAUAUCGCAGCCCAGAGAAUAUUGCAGGUUCUUGACGGACUCAGUUGCGCAGAAAGCUUCAGACAGGAUCUGCGCUCACUGCUCUGGGAUUUGGUUGCAAAGAUGGAGGGGGUUUUGUUCGCAACUUGCGGGGAUUUUCAACCGUCGCAGUAUCAACCUCUGUUUGAUGCGUACAUAUUACUCGGAGAGCAAGUCAAACCGUUUGGCGAUAAGGUGCAGGAAUGCUUUCUGCGUGCUGUUGAAAGUCAAACAGAAGGUGUUCUGAGACGUUCGUUAGGAAAAGGAGGCGUAACAGAAGAAAAAGUUGCGCAUGAUGCCAAGAUCGGAUACAAAGAACUGUGUCAGCAGUUGUCGUCUACGCAGUUUUUCUCGUGUUUCCAAAGGACUUUAGAAUUUUUGUUUGAUCUUUUGUGCAGUCAUCAUACGAUGUUGCGGUGGCAUGAAGCCCAAAAGCAAAUGAUGACGAAUGGUGAUGAGCAUGAGAGAGUUCAAGCAUGUGAAGCUGUAGGGGCAGCACUCGUCCGCAGCCGCCGAGCAAUUGCAGACAUGGCGGGAGCUCGUAUCUCUGCUCUGCUGCAGGCGUCGUCCGCCCCAUCUUCAGGCCAGUUUAAGGCUGUCCUUGACUGGGCUCGAGUUUUCAUUGGAGUUGCUGAAGCAUUUUCAGGUACGCAGGCCUCUGCCCUUAGAGGCCAUCUCGAACGAGCCGGGGAUCGUUAUUUCGAGUCGUUGCAUUCUCAACGCCUUGAGGCUUUGAGCCAAAUGUUUGGCCGUGAGUUGUGGGUGAGGCUCCCUGAAGCCGCUGUUCAGCAAGCACGCACGGCACUGCGUGCAGCCGCAUCCCGUGGGCAGGGUGGGGGGGUUAAAUUUGGAGUUGCUGCCUUCGGAGGUGUUGCUGAGGAUGGCAGUGGAUUCAACACUUGGAUUGAGAAAGGUAAUCCAUUUAUAGAAGGAAGAGACUCAUUAGAUGCUUCAACAUCGUCAUUCGAUGGAGCAAUCAAGCCAGGGCAAAAGGAGCCUAGGGCAGAGGAUCACGUAGGAGAAGCUGAAGACGAAGAGGAGAAUGCAGAAGUGUGCGCAGCAUACAUCGAUGAAGAUGAAGACUCAGAUGAGAACGAUAACAACGAUGCCGAGUUUAAGAAGAAAGAACCUGACGUAAGAAUUGUAGGGAAAGGGUUCUCUGUCCUAGGUGGGUCAGACGGAGACGGAAAAGGACUUUCGGCGCGAAACCCAACGCUUACAGCUUCAUCUCUUUAUCUGCUCCAGAGUGUCGCUGAAUACUUGCGGCUAAUGAGGGUACUUACACCAUCGAUGCCUGUCAUCUUCCAGGGGUUUUGCUCUUUGUUCGAGAGAACUAUGGUGCACAUAUUCGGUGUUUUUGGCCAGCAUGCAGCCCUCGAACAAGAUUCUGAUAAGAUGACACCUCGGUUGCGCUCCAUCCUUGUUCAGGCAAUGAACGGUUCAACUCUUGCUUCAUUUAUGCCAGCAGUAGGUGAGGGAGUUGGUGCUGAAGCAUCGAGUGUCUUAUCCUCAGGGAAUCUGUACGGACUGAAGGAGCGUGCGGUUGCACUCGAGUCUCUUUCUUGUAUUGCGGAUGAGCUGAUGGGCCUCAAGCCAGGUCUGAAGCAAGCACUGCCCCACAAGGAAGAACAAAAAUUGGAGCGUUUCUUUGGUCAGACGAUCAGCAGCGUAGAAGAUCUGAGGGAGCACGUAUAUCGUCAUGUCACAGGUUUGCUUCUCAAUUUAUCUUGGGUAGCAGAGACUAUCGGAGACAGUGAUAAGCUGAGCGACAAAUUAAAGGUCGGGAAGUAUGCAAAGAAGGAGAUAUCGACAGAUCACUCCAAGUGGGUGGAUGAUCUAUCGGCUGAGCUGACUCAAUUUGGUGCAAAACUUGCCUGUGCUGAGGUAACUACAGAAGCACUGGUGAUGCUUUGGGAUUUCGCAAUAGCUGAGACGGCAUCUGCAAUCGUAGAUGGCUUCUCUCGAGUGCGUAAGUGUUCUUCUGAAGGUCGUGCUGGCAUGAUUCUUGAUGUCCAGAUGCUCCAUGGGAACAUCCGUCGCUUGGCACCUCAAGGGACCAAGGAAGACUUCCGAAUGGUCGACACUUACGUCAAGGCGUUCUACACGCCACAAGAGGAGAUGAUGCAUUUUUGUCAAACGCACUUGGAGUUUUCACAAACGCAAAAGGUGGCUCUGAUAAAUCAGAUGGCAGGAGCGUUUGGCUGGGCUUCAUCAGUCAAAAGUGAAAUGAUUGCAGGUAUCGGGGCGAAUGAUAGUGAUACCUUCGUGUAG